AUGGUGCUAAGCGACGUCAUGUCGGAAAGGGGGCCGAGCGUACCGCCCGAGUCGAUGAGCGACAGAGGUCGCAGAAGGGGAAUCCUCCUCGGUAAGAAGCCCGAGUCGAGCGGCACCGAUGUUAGCGAAUCGCUAAACUCGCCAGCUCAAUUGAGCUCGGGGUAUACGACAGCAGCAGGGAAUGGACAUCUCCAUGAAGAGUGGAAGCGGCUUCCGGCCGAACCCUCCACCCUGACCGAAAUUGAAGAGAUAUUGCGGUACUUCAAUCCAUCUCUUCCCACCCUGGACUGGAAGGUGGUUAGGCUGGAGAGGACCGAGGAACCAUAUCGGCAAGCGCUGAUACUCCUAAAUAAGGAGUCCAUCGCUCCUCUCAGCAGUGCAAAGGGGGCCAUAAGCUAUGGCUUCGAGAGUGUCGUCCUUAGGAUUCUCCCAAAUGAAGCCAGGGCUGAUGGCCCGUCGCCACCAGCUGAGGUGGAAGAGAGUGGGAGAGCGACCCACUCUAAUAAGGAUACCGACCCCAUCCUCUCGGAUACAGUGAGCACGGGGGGCGGAUCGUCAGUCGAUGAUGGAUCCGUUUUCAGUCUCGACCGUCUGUUUGAGGCUGCUGGGGUCGAUAGUACGGAUGAAGGUGCGGAACUCGCACUGCUGGAGAAGAGUUUGGAGGAUGAGGAUCCUCCAAAUUAA